GUAAAAUCCGCCCACACUUCCGCAAUCGCUCCCUAACGCCUCAGUUUGAAGAAAUGAGUUUGCUGUUUUGAUGCUCGGAGGUAACAGAAGUCAGGAAAGUGCUGGGUUCGAGGACCCGGGUUGCUCAAAGGCUGCCGGUGUGGUGCACGCGGCGCUGGUCACCACGGGGGGGUCGUCUGUUUUCGGUGGGCGGACUUGGUUUCCAUCCACAUGUAAAUUGGGUCCUGAAAGAGUCCGGACGCUUUGGCGGACGCUGUAAACUGACAACAAAACCUAAACAGAGUUUCUGUGAUGGUUUCCAGUACAACAAACUACCUGUGGUCUCUACAAGAUGUCCUCGGCCAGGGAGCCACUGCCAGCGUCUACAAGGCUCGACACAAGAGGUCGGGUGAGCUGGUAGCCGUCAAAGUCUUCAACGUGUUGAGCUACAACCGCCCCCAUGACGUCCAAAUGAGGGAGUUCGAGAUGCUCAGGAAGCUCAACCACAGCAACAUCGUCAGGCUGUUGGCUGUGGAGGAGUUGCCCUCUAGGCAUAAAGUUCUAGUAAUGGAGUUCUGCUCCGGGGGAAGUCUGCUAAACCUCCUGGAGGAGCCAGAAAACGCCUUUGGGCUCCCCGAAACCGAGUUCCUCACUGUCCUCCAGUGCAUAGUUCAGGGGAUGAAUCACCUGAGAGAAAACGGGGUGGUGCAUCGGGACAUAAAGCCCGGGAAUAUACUGCGGCAGGUCGGAGAAGACGGGAAGUCCAUUUACAAGCUGACGGACUUUGGAGCAGCAAGAGAACUGGAGGACGAUGAGAAGUUUGUGUCUAUUUAUGGAACUGAAGAAUACCUGCACCCAGACAUGUAUGAGCGAGCUGUGCUGCGAAAGCAUCACCAGAAAACCUACGGCGUGAGCGUGGACCUGUGGAGCAUCGGUGUGACUUUGUACCACUCCGCCACCGGGAGUCUCCCCUUCACCCCGUUUGAAGGGCCCAGAAAGAACAAGCCCGUCAUGCACAAGAUCACCAGAGAGAAGCCAAUACAUGCAAUAGCGGGUGUACAGCGGGUGGAAGGCGGGCCGAUAGAGUGGAGCUACCAUUUACCUCACAGCUGCCAGCUCUCCAGGGGUCUGAAGGUGCUGCUGGUUCCAGUACUUGCAGGUAUUAUGGAGGCCGACCAAGAGAGAUGUUGGGUUUUUGACCAGUUCUUCACAGCCACCACAGAUAUUCUGCAACGACAGCCAGUCCACGUCUUCUCGUUACAGCAAGCGACGGCUCACAGUAUUUAUAUGCACCAUUACAAGACAGUGAUGGUCUUCUUUGAGGAAGUGGCAUCGCAGACUGGCAUCAGCAUACAACAACAGCAUCUGAUGUACCUGGGCCAUGACCUGCCCCUAGAGGGCAACAUGAAGGUGGUCAACCUUCCAUGUACGUCACCCUCCCAACCUCUGAUCCUUCUCAGCAACUCGGCGGAAGCCAGCACCGGCCUGUUCUUCAGAGAACCAGAGUCUCCAAUCAUACCAUCCAAGUUUGAUGUUUUGGCAGAUUAUAAUUUCUCAAGGAUAAUAGUGGGAGUGGUCCACCAGUACCUGAGGAUUGUCCACCUGCUGCACACACACAGACAGUUACUGCUGCAGGGAUACUACACCUACAUGAUGAAGCUGCGAGCGGAUUGCAGCGAGGCGUUACACAGUCUUUCACUGAUCACCCUUCGAUUCCAGUCAUGCUUUAACGCCCACAAUAGGAUUCAUAAACUAGCUCCUUGUUCCUUUGAGAACCAAGUUUCAGCUGAUCGCAGUCAAACGCUGCAGCUGGUCCGUGAGCGCCUCCCUCUGUACACUGCUGGCAUCAAGGACUGCCAGAACCAGAUGGAGCACCUACUUAUAGAGCAAGCCAAGCUAACGGAGACCCUGGCUUCAGACAAGAGCUGCCAGAAGAUGGAGAUGCUGCUGCAGAAGAUUGUGGCCAUUCAUCAGCAGUAUCGAAAAGAUCGGCUGAUUGGCAAGCUAGCCUACAACGAUGAGCAAAUACACAAGUUUGAGAAGCUCCACCUGUUGUCCCACAUAAAGCGAGUAAAAUCUGUCUUCAGAGAAGAAUGCGUUCAGAGGUAUAAGGAGCUUCUGGGCUCAACAAAGACCUGGAGCAGGGCUUUACAGGAGAUGGAGAACCGACUUCUGGGCUUCGGCUCUUUAUCGACAGGAUUGCUGACAGAUUUGGAAAUGGAUGAGAUGCAUUAUAAUAAGAUUAUGGACAACAUCCUUUCCACGCCGCCACAUCAGAGAGGAGAACAGCAGCAAGGAAUCACGCCCAGUGAAAAGGACCAGAUGGUGUCCAGGAUGCACCAUUUGAGGGAGGAAAUGGAGCUGCUGGUGAGAGAGCUGCAGUGUAACAACACCAUCAUUGAAAGUCUCGGAGUGGUGGACUCUGCUGCAGCCCGGGAAGCGAGUCCAGCUCGACCUUCCACUUUGUGACAGAAACACACGACCAGAGGAUCGUCUCACAACAGACCACCUGCAUUUUCCCUCUGGACUUGGGGGUUAUCAGUGUCAGAAUGAGAAUAGCAGAAUUAUAAUUGCAAUUAAAAAAAAGACAUCUUGCACAGAAAGGCUGAUGCCGAGCCACAAAUGGACUUUUAUCCGGUGCGUUUGUGCUGACUGAGCACGGCCGUUCAAUAGAAGCCUUAAGUGUUAUUGUAUUUUUAAUAGGGUUCUGGAAUGAUGGAGUCUGAUCAUGAAACAAAACCAAUGACCACUCAGCCGCUGAGUAUUUCAUUUGGUGUGUUUCCUGUUUUCUACUUAUAAAAUGCACUUAAGAAAA